AUGGCCGUCGCAGCAGUCCAACUACCCCCAGCCUGUCCAACCCCCGACGCGCGAGGAGCGACAGACACCGCAAAGGCUCAGGCAGUCGCGACUCUUUUGCCGUCCAACAUUCCCGAGAACGCACCCGAACACUGUCCCGGCACCGAAUCCACACAAGCCGGUCUCGCUCCCGGUUGCGCAGGCUGUCCGAACCAAGAAGCUUGCUCCACCGCUCCCAAAGGUCCCGACCCCGACCUCGCCAUCGUCCGUGAGCGACUGAAAGAUGUCAAGCACAAGGUGCUGGUGUUGAGUGGGAAGGGAGGGGUGGGGAAGAGUACGGUUAGUGCGAUGCUUGGGUGGGCGUUGAGCGAGGGUGAGGAGGGGGAGAAUGACACCGGCCUGAUGGACGUCGACAUUUGCGGUCCGUCACUCCCGCUCCUCUUCGGCAUGCAAGGCCAGCGGAUGCACUCGACCUCGGCCGGCAUCCUCCCUCUCAGCAUCACCUCGUCCCUCUCGCUCGUCUCGAUCGGGUUCCUCCUCCCCUCGCCAGACAGCGCCGUGAUCUGGCGCGGACCGAAGAAGAACGGCCUGAUCAAGCAGUUCCUCAAGGACGUCGACUGGGGACACCUCGAGAACCUCGUCAUCGACACGCCGCCUGGUACGAGCGACGAACACCUCAGUGUCGUGCAGUACCUCGCUGCGGCAGGCGGAGUAGACGGCGCAGUGAUCGUCACGACGCCGCAGGAAGUCGCGCUGCAAGACGUGCGGAAGGAACUCGACUUUUGUCGAAAAGUGGGCGUUCCCGUACUCGGUGUCGUCGAGAACAUGAGCGGGUUCGUGUGCCCCUCGUGUGGAGGGGAGAGCGAUAUUUUCGUGCCUUCGACCGGAGGGGCGGACGAGUUGGCGCGCGAAUGGGGGAUCGAGGUGCUUGGGCAGGUACCCCUCGACCCAAGGAUCGGGAAGAGCGGCGACUACGGGCAGAGCUUCUUGGAGGAGUACCCGGAGAGUCCGGCCAGCGUUGCGUACAGGCGGAUCGUCCAGCGCAUCAAGGAGAAGCUACACGCCAAGUCUGCGACCGUGCUCGCCUAG